CCAACACCAACCAAACAACCCCGUCUUUCUCAAUUUGCGUCCUCGUUUCAUACCCUCCACCUGGUCUAGCUCGUUUUCAGAAGAAAAUAUUAAGACGACACUGACAAAGGGUUCGGCAAACAAGUGGGGUGUUUCCAUCAGAUCUCGGGUCUUCACACUCCUCACGCCUAGAAAGAGUGCUCUGAGUCUUCGAAAGGUUCUAUCAACCUCAUCAAUUCCGCCAGAAGCACCGAAGUUCCGAACUUGACCUUGUUCAGUUGAGCAGCCUUGAAGCCUUGAUCUCUCACCAGGUCGUGUACGUUUUGCCUGUAUCCUCUCACACCUGUUUGUGUGUCGGGGUUUUUUUUCACCCUUUCGUUCAUCCAUUUCACCCUAUACAACAUAAAUUUUGUUUUCGACUUCUUGCAGUUCUUGCUCCACUCUACCCACCCGCUCAAAACCCUUAUCUUAUUAGUUAUUUACAUUGCAGUACAAUUCCCCUAGUACUGUACUGGGACUGUAUUAUCUUUUCAAAUAUUUCAACACACAAGUCUUACGCACUAAUUCAACCGCUCGUCCAAUUCUCUGUUAUCUCCGUCCUCCCUUGCGCCUCGUGCUUUCAACAAAACAACGUCCAAUUCAACGUCAUCGGCACUGUUCAAAACAUCUCCGGGCAACGCAACAAAGGUCUCCAAUACAUAACCUUCGCUUCGAUUCAUGUCUGCAUACAUGAUGGUCUCGCAACCCUCUCCGGCCCUUCCCCAUACUCUCCCCUUCAUAUCCUCACCUGAUUCACCGAAUGUGAUUCCUAGCACAAAUGCUAAUCCUGCGGGUUGCGAAUCAACUCCCGACACAACUCGAUCACCAUCGACUUACUUCCAUUCAUCAGAACCUCAGCAGAACCAUCAGAACCACAAUGCUGAAUCAUCUAAUGAGCAGCUCUCGGACCCAGAUAGCCAAUGUCAGGACAGACCCCUCCUAGAGACAGAAGGCGUAGUUAGCUCAGAAGUAGGCGCGGUACCUGGAAUUUUGCAUCAAGAUCUACAUCCAGAUGGUCAACCCAGGCGUCCGAUGAACGCAUUCAUGAUCUUUGCACGUCACCGACGGCCUGCCAUCCAAGCUAAAGAACCCGGGUUGAAGACCGGCGAGAUCUCCAAGCGCCUUAGUCAUGACUGGAAAAACCUUCCUGACGAAGACAAAUCUCACUACCUUGAUCAGGCUAAGCUCCUGAAGGACGAAUUUCAUAAUCGAUUCCCAGAGUAUGUUUACAAACGCCGUCCUAACAACACCGGCAAACGUCGCUCAAGCACAUCGCAGCAGCAAAUACAGACCAAGUUCCCGUCUAUGCAUGGUGGUCCUCAGAUGAUGGCUCCCUCUGCCCCUGGCUCUAUGGGUGGUCUUCCGCAUCCUGCAGAUAUGCAUCAUCAUCCACAUCAUCACCCUAUGCAUAACGACAUGUAUGGCCAGCCUGCCCCUCAUCAUCACCAGAUGUCACAUCCCCAUCAUCAUUCGGUCCCCUCGCAGCCUUCGCGACCACCUUCCUCCAUGAAUCGACCUCCGUCUAAAGUGAAUGGCUUUUACCCGUCUCCUAACCCCUCGUCUCCUCGGUAUCACCAAAUUGGACCACCCCCUCAACUCUCAAAUGGCUCCCAGGCUGCACGCGUUCCGUCACUCUCUCAUUAUCCUACGGGUGCUGGCCCUCCUAGCGUGAACGGUCCCAUUGCACACUUAUCUCGUCCGCCUUCGCCACCAUCAGGCCAUUCUGGAAACGGCUUACCCUCCUACAUGAGGCUACCCCAACCUAUCGCUCAUCAAAACCCAUCUCAGUGUACGUGGUUUAACAACGAUCAGUACGCUGGAGGCCCCCCAAGGCAAAACUCGGUUUCCGCUCCACUGAGCGCUGGCCGACAGUCAUUCUACUAUCCGUCUUGGCCGGCCAAUGGAGGUGAAAACGGAACGCUACAGCCAGAACAAACAGGUCAAGAUCCAUCCGCAAAUCACAGUCGGGCUGCCUCUUAUUCGGGAGGUACGGGUCUGUAUCAACCCCCUUCUCCCUCACCAGCCGACCGAGCACGCCAGCUCUCACUACCAUCUCACACUCUCUCUGCUUCUACCGAACAUAAUUACGUCAAAACGGAGGGGACAUAUACUGGGGCAGGGAUGACGUCCGAAACCACGACUGGAUCACCUUAUGGCUCCACUGCAACAAAUGUUGCACCCAUCAAACCAGAUCCCCAUCAGAUGAACUCGGGCCCAUCGCCAGGGUAUCCAAAUUACCCAGUCACUUCAGGCGCGAACGAUUCAAGGUCGUACUCUACGUCAUCCGCUCCUUCUCCCAUAGCACCAGCCUUCACAACGACUGGUCCUCGCGCAAUCUAUCACCAAAAUUCUACAGACGCAGGAUCGUAUGAUCUUGGCAACCCUUCCCAACCUACUCCUCAAACCCAACCUACCUCAUCUGUGGCUUAUUAG